CACAGGGAGGGGGAGUGCUGUAUGUGAGAGAGCGGGAAGCUGUGAACUGUUCGGCGUGGUGUCCCGGCCUCUUCAGCCUAGCGAGUUGGGGAGAAAGAUGAGAUACUGUGGAUUCUGGAUUCCCUACUGCUGCUGACACCCCCCUACUCUCAGAGGAGGAGACUAGAGUUGAUCCAAGAGCUGUUCCCUUGUUUCGUCACCCAGGGCUGAGCUGCCCUCAUCGGCAUCGCCCAGGAUCAUGACCUCAUCUGGGUCUAAUCUCCACAGCAAACGCCUGCCCUCGGAGACAGAGCAUGCCCAGAGGGUCCCAGACAUGGACUCAACUCGGCAGAUGAAACUUCGGGAGAGACAGCGUUUCUUUGAGGAUGUUUUCCAGCAUGAAGUGGAUGUCUACCUGUCCACUGCCCACCUGCAGAUUGAGCACAAGAGACCCCCCAUUGGCAGCAUUUCCUCCAUGGAGGUGAACGUGGACAUGCUGGAGCAGAUGGAACACAUCGAUAUCUCAGACCAGGAGGCCCUAGAUGUAUUCCUUAAUUCUGGGGGUGAAGAGGGCGUGCUGGCCUCUCCACUGCCAGAUGAUGAUGAUGAUGAAGACGAUGUGGAGGGGUACAAGGACGAGAUUUCACUGCAGGUGCCCGAAAGCUGUGAGUUGAAAUCCCGCAUGUCGUCAACAUCCUCUGCCUCCACUGACCCCUGCAGCCUGGAUACGAGCGAGGAAGGGGUGGAGACGCCUGUCGCCCAAUCAGAUGAGGAGGAGGUCCACACUGAGCACCUCCUGCUGACGACCACGCCCCCUGGCAAGGACACGCAGGAGGAGCAGCCUUCUGUCUCAUCUUAACACCACCUCUGUGGGAGACAAUAGUUCACGGUAGAUUCUGCCCUCAACCUUGAUCCUGGAUCAGCUUUUAUAUUUCUCACACAAUAGUUAGGGUUAGGAAUACCUUUUUGGUCUGGCAGAUCCUGGAUCAGUUUUUUAGGUUAGAAAGUGCUCAAAGCCUUGUUGUGGCAACGUGGAAGCAGGCUUUACUGAGGGACACUCAGACAGAGACCUCCACGCUCAAACUCUGCUGCAGACACUCAUGGUAGACCACAUGGCCAGGCCUCUGUUGAGCUGACUGUUUUCUGUGUUCAUGUUCAUUACUGUACAUGACCCUGUAGUUUUCAGAAUCCUUCUCCCAUGUCCCACCUUCUCUGCUCAAAAGAUUUUAAUCAUUGCUUCCAGAAAGCUUUUACCUUUCUGUUUUGUCAACAACCAGCAGGUGCCAAAACCCAACUGAGAAUGUGUUCCAGGUUCAGAGAUGACAGCUGUUAUAUAAAUAUUGUUGAGACAUGCACUGAUAUAUUUUUAAAUGUUGAUUUGAAGUUUGAAAUGAGUAAUUAACAUGAAAAAAGAAGUAGGUAGUGAAGGCAGCAUGUU